AAGAUAAUGAAAAGAAAUAAUGAAGCAAAAUCGAUUCAAUAAUAUAUUAGCUAUUUGUACGAAAUAGUAUAACAGCGACUGUUGAAGCGGAAUGCUGAAUGGGAAUGGUUGAAACAAAUUUGUGAGUCUAAAAAUUACAAUAUAUAAAACAUAUAGAAAGCACCAUGGUGCUUAAUUGUAAGGUACACUUGGAUAACCCUAAAAGUAUUUAUGAACCCGGCGACAGACUCACCGGCCAUGUGCUACUAACAAUGGAGGUACGUCUGCUUAUCAAAGCGGUUGCCAUCAAAUAUUCCGGUUUUGCUGAGGUGAAAUGGGAGAGGCUUCUGCCACCGAAGAAAGCUAAGAAAAUCAAGCACAAAAAUAAAUCGGAGCAACCUGUAGAUAUCGAACUACCCGUAGAGCAGCGUAUUGAAGUUUACAACAAUCGAGAAGACUUUUUGUCAAAUGUAAAUUAUUUUGUCGGUUCCGAGGAAGCAACAGGCAGAAUCAUUGAACGUGGCACUUACACUUAUCCAUUCUCCGUUGCACUACCGCAAAGCUGUCCGUCCACUUUUGAAAGUGCCAACGGUCACAUACGCUAUAUGCUUGAAGUAUUCAUUGAUCAUAUGAACAAACGUGAAGUAUGGUAUACACAACAGUUGCAAGUGCUAAAGCCGCUCGAUCUACGUCGUUGCCCACAAAUAGCCGAUAAAGCGCAUGAUGUGCUCGUCGAAGAGGGUAUGCCUUGGCAUGUCUUUAAACAUCCUUUAAAAAUGUGUGUAAAUUUACAGCAGUUUGGGUUUGUACCUGGCGAAGAACUUUCAAUACACGUCUCCAUACAGAAUACCGAUAAGUUGCAGUUACACGAACUGACCUACGAGCUACAGCAAAUUUGUUGCAUAACCGCCGCGCAUGGUCAUAAGAAAACGAAAACCAAAUACUUCCAUGAAAUUUUAACUAAAUAUGUGCAUAUAUUCUGCGGUCCACGGGAAAUAUGUGUGCAACAUUUGCAUACGCUUUUCUUGCCACAAACUGUGCCGACUACCGAUCCAGACGAUUGUCAAUGCUUGCAAAUAAGUUACGAGUUAAGUGUACGGCUGACCACGGAUAAUGCGAAACGUUCGCUACAAGCAAAGAUACCCAUAGUUGUGGGUACCAUAGCCCUACGCACUCCAGAUGAAGUGCGUACACUUUCUGACACACAGCAAACGGCAGUAUCUGCAAUGUGUAGCAUGGAGAAUUUGCCUAUGAAACUUAUGGAGUGCGAUGUGUCGCCAAUAGUGCAAUCUGAAGAUUGCUUUGCGGUGGCUACAGCACCCGAUUCCGAAUCUUCCAUACCAAAUUUGGGCACUUCGUCAUUCCGCGAAGCGACACAUUUGCCGAAAACUAAAUUCGACGCCGAGCCAAAAAAAUCAAAAUUCAAUAAGGAACAAACCGUUUUUCAACCAACAUAUCUCUACUAUGACAUAGAUAGUAUGCCAGGUGUGCAAAAUGCUGCCGCUCAUACGACAAUUAUAACAGCAACUACAACAGCAGUGCUAAAUACUACAGACGCGCCACAACACAGCACUAACGAGGGUCAAAAUCCAGAAAAUAAUCCCUACGCGGGAGUUGUGCAACAGUUAAAGAGAGAAAUGCAGCGUAUUUAUGUGUUAAAUAUGGUUGUAACAUGUGAAAUUGAGUUUGAUAAUAAUCCCUUCGGCAUCUAUUUUGCUGGUCAAAUUAUGACGGGUAAAAUUACGCUGCAAGCCGACAUGCCGAAGCAGGUGAAAGGGAUCGUGCUGAAAAUUACGGGCGACGCAAACACAAGCUGGGAAGAGCAUUCUAACAGAUCAACAACCGAUGCACAUGGACGUUCGAGCACUGAAAGCCAUACAACAUACUACCGAGGUCACGAGGAUUAUAUAAAAUCGAAGACCUACCUGCUUAGCUCCAGCGAAAACCAAUCUUCCGUAAUUGAGCCCGGCAUACAUACCUACACUUUUGCCUGCCAAUUACCCCCCACCUGUCCUUCAUCCUUCGAAGGCCAUUACGGUUAUAUACGAUAUUUGGUUAAGGUAGAACUCGUGCGUAUAAACACGUUCCAGGUGCCUUGCAAAUCGGAAGCACAAAAGGUCUUCUGUUGUUGGCCUUGUAAAACACAGCCAUUAAAGAUGCACGUUUCCCUGCCACAAAGUGGCUAUGUGCCUGGACAAGCGAUACCAGUUAGCGUACUCAUAGCAAACGAAUCGAAUAUAAAAGUCGAAGAACUCAAAAUAGAAUUGGUAAUGCUCGUUUGCUAUUACAGUCAAGUACCAUUGACACAUACGAAGAAUGAACGCAUAGCGGUGCUUAAGUUGAAAGGUGAUGGCGUGUCGGUGCAUUGCAAGAAACAAUUCAACUAUACACUUGUGGUGCCGGCUACACCGCCAACAUGUUUCAAUCUAUGUCGCAUCAUACAAAUUGCCUAUCAAGUGGAGGUUGUGGCCAAAGUGAAAGGUUGGCACGCGGAUCAGGUCAUCUGUGUGCCAGUGACAAUAGGCAAUGUGCCGUUGCUCGGCGUCAUACAAAAUCAGCCAUUGGCAUCAGCUGAAAACCUUGUCCCUAGCAACAGUAUUAAUGGUGUUAUGAACCAUUCGUACGUGGCGGAUGAGGAGAGCGGCGAUAUUGGCGAAAAGAAGUUCACCGAAAUUGACCAACUGCAGUCUACCGUACAAGAGAACCCGAUACAAGUAAACAGUGGUGCUGCGACAAGUACUGCUACAAUGGCAGCUGCACCGCCAAGUCCCUGGGCCGCAGAUGCCAGUAUACCACCGCCGUCUUAUGAAGCCGCACUGCAUAUGAAACCAGCAAAACUUUCCAUUGAUGAAGGGCAAGAAUAUGGCGAAACCGAAUUUGCACCACGUUAUCCUGUCUUCAAGAUACCAAGCGCGUCAGGCAGAGACGACGUUGAUGCCGAGCCAAAGAUUGAUGAUGUAGCGACUAACGGUGUUGUACCACCGGAAAAGAGUACUUGGCUAUGACUUAGAGCGGAAAGUGUGAAUAAAUAAAUAAAUACUUAUAAAUA